AUGACGCAAAGAACACCAUCGACGGGGGCGUUCUCGCUCGCGCUUUUCCGGUGGCACCUUUGCGCGUGCGCUGUUUUUCUCUGCCUCUUUUUCGUCUCCGCGCCGUACGGACGAUUUUAUACCCCAAAAGCGAAGUCGUCGCUCUGGUGGGGUCCCGCAGUCGACGGACGAAUCGGAUGGACGGUGCAAGAGCUCGCGAGUCCAAUCGCGUUGCUUUCGUUUUACCACUGUCGGGACGAAGCGUGGUUAUUCAGCUUUCCGAAUACUACAAAUACAACGAACAAUGGAGGCACGGUGCUCGUUUUGAGUUGGUUUUUUGUGCAUUACAUGCACCGAGCAGUCGUGUGGCCGUGGAGAAGGACGAUGGGGAAAACCAAUUUCCCGGUUGUUGGUGAGUCUUGA